UUUUGCUGUUUUAAUUUAAAGUUUUGUGUUUAAUUUGGUUUUCAUUUUUAACUUUGGUUCAUCUAAGAGGCUUUGAAAUCCAAGGAUUAUUUUAAAGAUUUUUUUUAACUUUAAAUUUAUGUGAUACCUAUCAUUAACAGUCAAGAAUAGGAUGGUAUCUCUUGAUUUCCCUCAGUAUCAAAUGAGAAAUUUAAUAUGUUUUACUUCUCUGCUUCUCUGUUUUCAUUAAUAUGAUCUAAGAUUUUUAACUCAGACUGUUACUAAAUUGUAAUUUUAAAUUUAUGCACAAUUUCUUUUAUUAACUUUUAUAUGGGUAUAAAGAUUAUGAGAACCCUAAGUUAUCACAACCUUAAUUUCCACUUUUUCAGGUAAAAGGAAUCUUAAACCAUCAAAAUUAUACUCUGAUAUCCUAUUACUCAUUAUCUUCUGGAUUUAUUUUCAUAUUAUCUCUUUAAAAAAUACUGUUUUCAUUUUUCCUGUUGCCCACAUUUGAACUAUUUCUUUACUCCUUAGUCUAGGAGAAAAGAAGUAGAAAUAGUCAGAUUUGAAAUUAAAAUACCAAAUUAUGUAUUUGAUAUUUUCUAUAGCGAAGUCUAAGGUCUGGAACAUGUUUUGGAUUAUUGGAUUAACAGAUUUUAUGGUGAUGGGUUUUAUGGGGAGAAUUACCAGUUAUUUAGUAGCUUCAUAAGCUUGUUUUCUAGGAUGUCCCUGUCAGUUACUGCAUCAGGUAACACAGGACCUGGCACUCAGAUUCUCAUUAAUAUUUGUUCAGUGACAGGAGCUGUCCUCUGUUGCUUUCGAGUCUCUAAGACUGUUUUCCCCAUCUUGAAUGUGCCUAGUCAUCUGACCUCCUCUCAAAUGGGCACCAACUUCAUUCUCUCGAUAUAAUAAGGGACCUCGUAUGGGGCUUUCCUAUUUUUUUUUCAGAACAUGCUUGAGGACCAUUUAGGGAAGGAGGGUCUUAGAGGACAUUCAAUCUUGUCUUGGAAACAGUGGGGAAGGAAGAACUCUGUAGCAGUUGCUAGGGGUAAUAUUAUAUCUUUAAGAAAACAAUGCUGUUGCUAAGUUAUUUUUAGACAUAGAAGGUUUCUCUUUAAUUUUUUUUUCUUUUUUAGUGGAUGAUUAUGUAGCUAGUCUACCAAGAGGUAGGGAGUGAAGUAAAGCUGAGAACAGCCUCUCCAGGAUUAUGAGGUCAGGAUGAAGUUCUUGGCAAGAGACUCGCUUUAGUGUGGUAUUCUGGAAAGCACAUGGGCUGAGGAGGCAGGAGACCUUUAUUCUAGCUUUGGUUCUCUGUGACUGUGGCAAACCAUUUAACUUUUGUGAGUCUCAGACUAGAUUUAUUGAAUGAGGAAUCUGACUCAAAGAUCCUUUCUAACUUUAAAAUUCUGUGUCUGACCAGAGGACCAGGGUAGAACAAGGAGGUUUCUACUCGAUAGCAUUUUUAUUUUUAAUUUCAUUUUGUAAAGUCAAGAGGAAUAAAUCAUUUAUCUUACUGCUUUGAACAGGAGGAUUAGAAGAAGGAAUCAUAUGUGGCUCAUGUGUCUAUGUUCUGACCUUGUAUUAGAUAGAAAUGAAUGCCAUUUCCCAUCCAGUACUGAAGUGUUAAGUUAGAAGACAUUUGCUAAGUCAAAUCACUUCAGGUGUGUUGAAGAAAGUACACACAUCUUAUCUUCUGAACAUUUUGAUGGAAUUAACCACAAACCUCAUGCAAGAACAAUAAAAGGAAAGAUACUAUUCAAGUCCAGUACAUCAUAAUGCAGAAUUCUUUAGCAGUACCACCAAAAGAUGAAGGUGAAUCAAACAUCCCUUCUGGAACAAUACAGAGUAGGAAAGGUUUGCAGAAUAAGGGUCACUUUAGGACCAUCGCACCAAAAAUUGUGCCCAAAGUCCUAACAUCCAGAAUGCUGCCAUGUCAUUCACCAUCACGCUCUGAUCAGGUGAAUCUGGGACCCUCCAUCAACUCUAAGCCACUGGGGAUGUCCACCCAGAACUAUGCUCUGAUGCAGGUUGCUGGCCAGGAGGGGACAUUUUCUCUUGUUGCUUUGCCACAUGUUGCCUCAGCUCAGCCAAUUCAGAAACCCAGAAUGUCCCUACCUGAAAACCUGAAACUUCCUAUUCCUCGAUAUCAACCCCCAAGAAAUAGCAAAGGAUCAAGAAAGAAACCCAUCCUGAUCUUUCCUAAGAGUGGCUGUAGCAAAGCUCCUGCCCAAACCCAAAUGUGUCCUCAGGUAUCCCCUUCCCCACCUCACCACCCCGAACUCCUGUACAAACCCAGCCCAUUUGAGGAAGUGCCAUCACUAGAGCAAGCCCCAGCCAGCAUUGGCACAGCUGCGCUGACUAAUGGAAGUGACCAUGGGGACUUGAGACCACCAGUGACCAACACCCAUGGCAAUCUGAACCCUCCUGCCACCCCAGCAUCAUCCACACCAAAGGGGCCUGCCAAGCAGGACCUCACAGGUCUUUCAGGGAAACCACACUUUGUAAGCAAGGUAACAUCUAGUAAGCCUUCUGCUGUUGCCAGUGAAAAGUUUAAAGAACAAGUUGAUCUUGCAAAAACCAUGACCAGUUUAUCACCAACCAUUCUUGGCAAUGCAGUUCCGUUGAUCUCUUCAGUCCCCAAAGGGAAACUGCCAAUCCCACCCUACUCAAGAAUGAAGACAAUGGAGGUUUACAAAAUCAAAUCAGAUGCUAGCAUUGCAGGUUUUUCUUUUCCAGGACCUAAGGCCGACUGUGAUAAGAUAUCCUCCACCACAGAAGGCUUUAAUGCAGCCACCAAGGUGGCAAGCAAGCUGCCUGUUCCACAAGUGUCACAGCAGAGUCCCUGUGAAAGUGCCUUUUGUCCACCCACCAAACUUGAUCUCAACCACAAAACAAAACUGAACAGUGGAACCGCAAAGAGAAAAGGAAGGAAACGGAAGGUACCAGAUGAAAUUUUGGCAUUUCAGGGAAAAAGGAGGAAAUGUGUCAUUAAUAAGUGUAGAGAUGGUAAAGAAAGAGUAAAAAAUGAUCCCCAAGAAUUCAGAGACCAAAAGCCGGGGACCCUGAAAAAAUAUCGUAGCAUUAUGCCCAAACCUAUCAUGGUCAUACCCACUUUGACCCCCCUGGCUUCUCCAGCUACACUACAAUCCCAGAUGCUUGGGGGCCUAGGACAGGAUGUUUCGUUAAAUAAUUCACUCACUCCUAAAUAUCUUGGCUGCAAGCAAGACAACAGCUCUUCCCCUAAGCCCAGCUCCAUGUUCAGAAGUGGAUUCUCUGGCAUUAAGAAGCCUUGGCACAGAUGUCAUGUCUGCAACCACCACUUCCAGUUCAAACAGCACCUUCGAGACCACAUGAAUACACACACCAACAGACGGCCUUACAGUUGUCGGAUUUGUCGCAAGUCCUACGUACGUCCUGGCAGCCUGAGCACACACAUGAAACUUCAUCACGGUGAGAACCGUCUGAAGAAACUCAUGUGUUGUGAGUUUUGUGCAAAAGUGUUUGGCCACGUCCGAGUCUAUUUUGGCCAUCUGAAAGAAGUGCAUAGGGUUGUGAUCAGCACCGAGCCCGCCACCAGUGAACUGCAGCCAGGAGACAUACCAAAGAACAGAGACAUGAGUGUGCGAGGCAUGGAGGGAUCACUGGAGAGAGAAAACAAGUCCAACCUGGAAGAAGACUUCCUUCUAAACCAGGCAGAUGAAGUCAAAUUACAAAUCAAAUGUGGCCGUUGUCAGAUUACUGCUCAGUCUUUUGCGGAAAUAAAGUUUCAUUUACUUCAUGUUCACGGAGAGGAAAUUCAGGGCAAGCUACAAGAAGGGACCUUCCCAGGAAGCAAGGGGACUCAGGAAGAGUUGGUGCAGCACGCUAGCCCUGACUGGAAAAGGCAUCCUGAGAGAGGGAAGCCGGAGAAGCUUCAUUCCUCCGAGAAGGAUUCACACGCAUGUCCGAGACUGAAAAGGCAGCUCCACCUUCAUCAUCAGAAUGGCAUGGAAAUGCUCAUGGAAAAUGAAGGACCCCAGUCAGGAACCAACAAACCAAGGGAAACCUGCCAGGGCCCUGAGUGUCCCGGCCUCCACACAGUUCUCUUGUGGUCCCGUUCAGGCUUUAACUGCCUGCUUUGUGCAGAGAUGCUGGGACGGAAAGAGGACCUCCUCCACCACUGGAAGCACCAGCAUAAUUGUGAGGACCCUUCCAAACUGUGGGCUGUUUUAAAUACGGUCUCCAACCAGGGAGUGAUUGAACUUUCCAGUGAAGCUGAGAAAUGAGACCCCAAGGCAGGCCGGGGUUAAGGAGAGAGCUCUGCCGCCACCUUCCUUCAGAGCUUCGUGCUUUAUGGUGGUGCUUAGUCACAAAGAUCAAACAACAGGAUUGGCGUGAGUGAACAGAAAUGAUUUUUGUACAUGGUUUUAUUUUCUUAUGAAAUAAAAUACAUGUUCUCGAAACAUUUUUCUAA